GUGAUAUACUGAAGAUGUAUGCUAUGAGGAAGGAGUCUUCCUUACACAUAUAUCGCCCAAUCACAUCUGCGAGAAUUCCAUUACAAAUUCGUAUAACAAUAGUUGUAUCAAUUGGCCAAUCUUCCGAGGAGAAAGAGGAACAAGCAAAUAAUACCG